AUGCACUCUGGGUACCCGUCCGAUGCAUCCUACAACUACGGCGCGGCACAUGCCUUUCAAGGCGAUGCCAAGAAUGGAGUUGCUAAAUCGCCGUUCGGAAGGGCGCAGCGAAGAAGCAUCAAUCUACCAGCUUUGGCUUUGUGUCUAGUUCUGCCCUGGCUGAUCUUCACACUAGUCUACAGCCUGUGUAGCCUGAGCUUGCACUACACCAGCCCUGGCCUGGUGACAGCCGGAAUCGCAUUAGCCGGUGCGGUGGUCCUACUGCUUGCCUACUCUGCCUUGCAAAAUCUCAGGAGUGGAGAGGAUGGCCAGUCCACCUGGUACUUCUUCCUGUUCCUCUGCAGCGCUGCAAACCUUGCACUUGCGGUGGUCCUUGGAAACAUGAACUACAGGUCUAACUUGGUCCCUUUUAUGGACGUGAACAACAUGAAUGAGUAUGACAUGAUAAAUCCAGCUGAAAGCAAAGGCAAUCAGCUCAUGGAUGCUGGCCGAGUUCAUUUUAUUCCAGAGGCCAAGCUUGACAUUGCCCACUCCAUGGGUUUCAGGAACUUGGACACAUACUGUGUGGCGCCGAUCGCUUCUGGCGAGCAAGAUAACUACGAUUUCUGGGCUGUAGGCCUAAAUUGCUGCUCCGGUCAUGUGGCAGACUUUCACUGCGGUGAGUUCAACAACCCAACAGCGCACUCUGGGUUGCGGCUCAUGAGAGAUGACUUGCGAUCCUAUUUCCGUCUCGCAGUUCAGCAAGCAGAGGCAGCUUACAACAUUCGGGCCAACCACCCCAUUUUCUUCUAUUGGAUGCAGGACCCAGCCACUGAAAUCAGUGCAUAUGAAAGCGCUGCCUACACUAAUUGGAUGGUGGGCGUUUUCGUGGCGCUGGGCGUGCAACUUCUCCUUGUGGUCGUUGCCACAGUGGCUUUUGCCAAGCUAAGCUGA